UUAUUUAUUAAUUAUUUUUUUCUAGACAAAAAUGGAGAACGAGUGCCACAUAUCUUACCAAUAGCAUACGGACGAUUAAACGUGUAUUCGGAUUAAAGUAGCAAGGUUGCUGACGAGCUAAUAAAAAAAACACAAAACAAGAAUCACACAAUAGAAAACGAGAACAAUAGCCACGCUCAUCCGUCUAUUCAGAUUUUCUCUUUCAUUUUGCCUGGAAUUUAUAGGGAAACCCGCAGCAGACAUUUAAGCUGCGAAAUAAGAUAUUUUUUUUAACAAAACGUCUUCUCUCGAAAUCACGUGCCAUUUUGCAUGUUUUGAAGACCUCAAGAACACGUUGGAAGACGUUUGAGAGAACAAGAAACAGGGAUAGGGGUCAAAGAAUGGAGUGAAUGGCACAAAAAACGCUGUGUUGCGUCUUGAAAUGUAUUGUUACAUACCCAUUUGGCAACCCUUUACAUCUCUGCCUAAACUAGAGUAGACCGGUAAGAAGGAAAAAUCUAAUUAUCUUUCUAGCUCCAUUAUUACUGUAACAACAUGGAACGCAUAUGAACGUGCCAUACUGGACCCAGAAUCGGCAAGAAAGGCUACGGGAGAAAGAAACAAGGAAGCGAUCCCCUAACAGCUAAUAUCAAAGCUAGCUAGCUAACUGUUGGCUAAUAAUAUUAUUUCUAAUGCGCGACCAAGGAGUAUGCGACUCGAUACAAAGAGUUGACUGCAGAGGGGAUGUCAGGCAGUAAGGCUCUGGGAGGGGCACGGCGGCGGCGGACACGGUGCCGGCGCUGUCAGGCCUGCAUGCGGACCGAGUGCGGCGAGUGCCACUUCUGCAAGGACAUGAAAAAAUUUGGCGGGCCUGGAAGGAUGAAGCAGUCCUGUCUGCUCCGACAGUGCACAGCGCCUGUGUUGCCCCACACAGCGGUGUGCUUCUCGUGUGGGGAGGCGGGGAAGGAGGACACAGUGGACACAGAAGAAGAGAAGUUUAGCCUCUCUCUGAUGGAGUGUACCAUCUGCAACGAGAUCAUCCACCCCAGCUGCCUCAAGAUGGGUAAAGCAGAAGGCAUCAUAAAUGAUGAAAUCCCGAAUUGUUGGGAGUGUCCAAAAUGCCACAAGGAAGGCAAGACCAGUAAGGACGGGGGUGAUGGUUCAGGGAAGAGGCGGCUGGACAACGGGGAGGUGGGCCGAUGGAAGCUAACAGACGAUCCUCCGCCCACCAAAAAGAAACCCCCCUCUUUAGAAGACGGGGGGCGGCAGGACGGUCACAAGAGGAAGAAGGAGAAGGAGCUUCCCCAGGACAGCGGACCCAAAAAGAAGAUGAAAGGGGCACAUGAAAAACGCUUGAAAAAGAAACAGAAGCCUAACGUGUCAGAGACUGCAGAGUCCAAUGGGCCCAACUCCUCCACCGGAGGCAGCCAGGGUUCCGGAGGGGGUUCCAACUCCACGCAGUCCCCCACCUCCACGGCCAGCCAGGACCAGCGCUCGCACCACCGCGAGAAAUUGGAGCGCUUCAAGCGCAUGUGUCAACUCCUUGAGCGUGUCCGCGAGUCCAGCUCAUCAAGCUCGUCUAGUUCCGAGUCUGACUCGGAGUCCGACUCUGACUCGCCUUCCGGUUCAGAUGGCCGCCGCGGCUCUGAACCCUCCUCCCCCGUACCCGUCGCUUAUAGCAACAGUGCGAGGGAGCGCAACCGGGAACGGGACAGGGAGAGGGACAGGAGGCUGGCGGAGCUGGGCUUCAGUGCCAGUGAGGACUCUGAGGGAAGUGUUAAGGAGGAGGAAGAGGAGGAUGCGGUGGAGGAGCAGGUUGUGGGAGACAAGCCUCGGCGUAGGGGGGAGGGACCUCCACGGGGCCGCAAGGGGCUCACGACAGACGGGAAUGACGAGGAGAGCGGGGAGAGGAGUCGGAAGUCUACCCCAUUGCCUCCACCCUCCCCUCUCUCCUCCACUCAGCCUCCACCUUCGUCCGGCCACGGUCCCUCGCCAGGUUCUGAGGGCUUCUCCGGUAAGCGCAGCAAUGGCUCCGAGACGCGCAAUGGACGGACACGGGCAGGGGUGAGGGACCGGGAGACUCAAGAGAAGGAGAACGCCAACAAUAGCGGCGGCUCGGUGGCCAACCACCGACACGGAACUGGCAAAGGCAACAAGGGCAACAAGAUCCGUAACAACAAGCAAACAGGGUCCCAACCAACGUCGAGGAACAGUAGCAACUCUUCCGCUUCUACUGCCACUACCACAUCCAACGGGGGAGGGGGGGGGCUGCUGGGCCCAGGCAGCAACUCCUCAGGGGGCAUGUCAGCCCUCGCCGCCUCACCCCGGUCACAGCCUUCCCGGAUGGCUCCACGCUCGCAGAUGAUGAAACGCAGCCCCCCUGCUGUGCCCUCGCCUCCCCGGCCUAUUCAGAUGGAGCGGCACUUGGUUCGGCCACCGCCCGCCUGCCCCGAGCCCCACUGCUUGCCCCUGGACAGCGGCUCCUCCCACGUGAUGCCCCGCGACGUCUGGCUCCGCGUCUUCCAGCACCUCAGCCAGAGGGAGCUGUGCGUCUGCAUGAGGGUCUGUCGGACAUGGAGCCGGUGGUGCUGUGAUAAGAGAUUGUGGACUCAGAUUGACCUCAGCCGGCAGCGCUCCAUCACCCCUCCUAUGCUGAGUGGUAUAAUCCGCAGGCAACCAGUCUCCCUUAACCUGAGCUAUACCAACAUCUCGAAGAAGCAGCUCAUGUGGCUCAUCAACCGUCUACAAGGUAUACUGGAGCUGAAUGUGUCGGGCUGUCCCUGGUCCUCUGUGUCGGCCCUGUGUCAGGCUGCUUGUCCCUGCCUGCGUCUGCUCGACCUCAGCCGGGUUGAAGACAUGAAGGACUCGCACCUGAGGGAGCUACUGGCGCCCCCUACUGACACUCGGACAGCUCAUGGAGAGAGCAGAGGGGGGAGGUUCCAGAACGUAACGGAGCUGCGAUUGGCCGGGUUGGAUUUGACAGAUGUCACGUCCCGCCUCUUGGUGCGCUACCUGCCCCACUUGACCAAGCUGGACCUGAGUCAGUGUGGCAACAUCACGGACCAGACUGUCCACACACUGACCUCCCCCAUGUCUCCACUGAAGGACAGCCUCGCCCACCUCAACCUGGCAGGCUGUGUGAAGGUGACGGAGCAGUGCCUACCCCUGUUGCGCCGCUGUGCCUCCCUACAGAGCGCUGACCUGCGCUCCUGCACCUUGCUCACCCCCGAUUUCUGUCAGCUCCUCUCCUUCCCUUGCCCUGACGAUAGAGUGCAGCUCAAGAACAGCUAAGGGCCUGCGACGCCCACCCCCCACAUCAACCACCGCCACACUACAGAGAGAUAAGCGAACGAGAGGGACCCUGUGAUGUGGGCAGUGAGCUUGCCAGAGGGAAAAGGACAUGCAGUGGGAGCCACGAAAGAGAAAGGGGGGAUUAGAGAAUGAGAAAACAGACCUUUGCCUACAUUUCUCUGGAUUGACUUGUCUGUGAACGGACAUCAUUGAAAAUGUUUCAGCAUGUACAUAUUCAAUAUCUGUACAAUGGGUGUGUGUAUAUAAAUGUAGUUUACUGUAAAUUAUCCACUUUCUGCCCCUUACCUCCCUCCUACCCUCACACCAACCAUGGCACACAUUAUCCAGCUGACAUUGUGUAAAGGCACUGCGCCGCCGUAUUGAACUAGCAUAAUUUGCACUCCAUAAUUAAAAGCUCCUGACGAAGGAAUCAAUUUCCUAUUUCGUGGCGUCAGACUACGAAGAAUGUACCCAAUGCCAGAGGCUGCGCCCCAUCAGAAGCCGUUUAAUGUGUCUUUAAGUAUGUGUGAGAUGUAAACAGUGUUAAUGUGACAAUUGGAGCGAGAAAGAGACGGAGAUAUGACCUGUCUGUUUCCUUCACCACUAAGCUCUCUGCUGCCCUCAAUCUUUCAGGGGGGUAAGGACAUUCAAGGUCCAACAUAUCCUGUUCAAUGGCCGAGAGCCACUAGAGCCCAAAACUCCUAGCCCCGACCACAACCUCUUCCCGCCCAACGUGCCAUUCUUAUAGUCUGUCCAUCCUUGUGAAUCUGAUUGUCCUACUCCGUACCCUGGACAACCCUUCCCAUCAUACUCUGUCUCUGCUCCCAUUUCCCUUUUGCAGCUUAUGCUGCCCACCGCCUGCGCUGUGUGCGUACAUUAUGCAGAGAGCUGGACCUUUGCUGUGCCCGACUGCAAUGAACCAUGCUUACAGUACUGUUCCAUGCCAGACCUGGAAUUGGUCAAGGCCCCUUUAUUCCCUGCUUCACGAUGCCUGGCUGAUGUAACAUUAUCUUGUAUAUGUGCAGACUGGUUCAGUCUAGAUCACGACCGCACGAACUUAGAAGUGAAUGACUGACACGUUUUGAGUAUGAAUUGGGAAAACUGUCGAAAGCCGAAACCGUCCGAUGCACUGAGCUCGCUGCUCCACGUGGCAGGGGGAUUCAAAUUAAGGCUGACCCUGGUUGGACUUCUGCCUCAGAUGUGAGGUACUUUGAAUAUUUCCCCAGAAUUGGGUUUUCAUGUCAGUGUCCACAUGCUGCUUAUCUUCCAAAGCCAGGAACAUCCCAGCCCAUCCAACCUGCAUCGGAAUGCCAUUACCUUAAGUUCUUGUAGGAUGAGUGUUCGACUCAGUUGCAGCAUUAACCCCCAAAUUAUUUAUCCAUUAGGGUUACCCCUGUGCAUGCUGGGUUUUGACUCUAAUCACAAAUCCAGUGCAGUAUUUUUUUUUAACCAAUCCACUCUCAAUCCAGUUCAGAGGCCAACGUCAACAGUCAGGGUGAGCAGGAAAAGGAACAUUAUCGGUUGAAACCAGCAUGUACAGGAGGUCGUUCAGCCCAAGCUGUAUUGAAUUUGGUUGAGAGGAAAUUACUUUAUAGCUGUAUUGAAUUAACAUGAGCAGUAUUUGACAUGGGUAAACGGUAUUCAGCUGAAUCGGGCUGCAUUGGACCAGUUCAAACAGCUAUCGUACUGAUAGGGCCAGUUCAUUCAGUAUUGGACUGGACAGCACUUUGUCCUGCAAUGCUGGACUCAACCAUGCCAGGUUGAGUCAUGUGUUUCCAUUGUCUGUCUGUUUCUCCUCCUUAUAUAGCGGUUGUCCACUUCCUGAGCCAUAUUGAUCUGUAUUUGUGCUUCAGUGCCACAGUGGAUCUUGCUGCUGUGUGCUAUCUGGAGCUAAACCCCACCAACUCUAGGCGGGGUGGUGGACAGUCUUGAGCCUCAAUCUGUAAUUCUCAUCUAAAUCAUGUUUCCUUAUCUUUUCAACUAUUCUGUUAGACUUUCAGUGAUUCCAUCCUCAUCGGUUCUGUUAAAAUUCCCAAUACCAUUAUUAGAACUCAAAUCAGCUUCUUUGGGGUAUACAUGUAGGGCUAGAGACCUGCCAAGUAACUAUUGAGCCACUAGACAAAUGGUAGUUGUCCCAUUGCAUUGUUGUACAACUGACUAGGUAUCCCCCUUUCCCCAAAAGGUUGGUUUCAUCUUUACCCAGUGUAUUCUAAAUCGCUUCGUGUUCCUGUGUGAAUUUCUAGACUUGCGUACAAAGCAUUGGUACCAAGAUUGCACUAACUGAUCGAUCACAAGACAAUUUAGGGGGGGAACACUGAGCUAUAGUGUGCUUUAUUACCCUGAAAGGGGUAUACAUAUGUUAAAACAGGUCAAAUUAAAAAAGACCAAUCAUGAACCUCAAGCUUGAUUCAAAAAUAGAACUAAUUAGCUGUCCAUGCUAGUUACCAUUUAGCUGGGUAGUCCAGCACGUUUCAAUGUUAGCUCAGGUUGGGUCCUACUUUAGAUCAUAGCUAAGUCAUUGUUUGCCACUAAGCUAUGCUGCUUACAGAGCUGAGCUUACCAUGUAGUAAUUGUGGUGGGUUGAGGCUUACAGCGAAAGCAAAUGUCCAAUAUAUGGUGGAAAAUUGCCUUCUGCCAUACACACUCAUCCGAAUCAAUAUUUAACUUUUCAUAGACAAUGGGUCAGUUUUCCAAAAAUGUUGUUUACUUCCAUCAGUAAUGUGGAGUUGUUCCUACUCCUUGUCAUCCAGUAUGUUCUAGCAUGAGAAAGCAUAUCGAAAGUUAAACUGACAACCACUUUCAGAGAAAAUAAAUGGGUGGUGGUUCAUUGGAAUUGAUCCGGUAGUCCGAUAAGGAAAUGAUUCCAGACUCAAAUCUGUCAUUCUCACCCCCAUCCUGAUCCCAACAUCCCAGCCUAGUCAAGUUGACUCAGACUUGGCCUCUAGAUUGGACAGUCUUGUCUCUACCAAACUGUAUUGCACCAGAGCGAUGCACUGGAUCAAUAUUGUCAUCACCUCUUGCCAAAAUUCCUGCUUUCUUUGAGAAGGGGCAUUUUAUCCAUUUUCAUUUUGCUCUUGUUUAUUUGUUCAUUUCUUCCAUUGUGUUGAUCAAAAUGAGAAAGAAAAGCAGAACGAUGUGAAAAAGAGAAACUCAAGGCAGCUACUUACGAGUGACUACUGUAAAAUGACUGACUAAAUAAAAGACAGUGGGGUGGUUUUUA